GUAACAAAAAGAUGCAACUUUUUAACUAAAUUUUUAAAUUGCUUCCCUCCGUUAUGUAAUCUAAAUUUGAGUAUCAGAUUAGUAUCUCUUUUAUAUAAUUUAUAUUUAUUCGAAUAAAUCGUCUAAUUACAUUGAUGCUUUUAUGGCAAGUCACAUUAAGCUUUAGGCAUGAAUUUUACGAAAAGAAGUUUCGUUUUUGCCGAAGAACAAUAUUUUUCCAUUGACGAUAUUCUAGCUACUAAUGAAAGAAUACCCUGUCGAUUUGAAGUACCUGUUCAUAAAUUAGGGUUUUUAGAUCCAUCAAGUGGAAGUCCAGAUCUAGCCCAAGGAACUAAAUUAGAGCUACCAUUAUGGAUGGCACAAGCUUUACAAAAUCGUCAUAUAAUUGCUGUUGAAGUGCCAAGAGUUUAUAGGGAAGCAUAUCGAGAAAUUCUGAAUGCAGAUGCCAGUGUAGUAGAUCUUCAUAAGAUGGGGCCAUACUUUUAUCAUUUUGGACUGUAUCUGUUACGUUUCUCACAUCAUGAUUCAGAGGAAAUUUGCAAAAUUCUUAAUCAGACAUUUAGAAAUCGUUUCAGAAAGCUGAUGGAUACAUCUCAGAAUUCAUUAGAAGAAGAUGCUGCUACUCUAACUGCAAAUUUAGAUAGAACAGAAAUUGCUCUCUUUAAUCUUGGUUAUAAAAGUCUCCACGAUUUGAAAAGUUGGCAGUAUCGUAAAAAUCAAAAAAUACUUACUGCAGACCUUGUGGUAAAUCACAAAAAGAGAAAACGUGCAAUAUUAGAAGAGUCUUUGUAAUAAAUCUUGAAAAAAAUAUGUUUUAAGUUAUAUGUUGUAUAAGAUAUAUUUUUAUUUGCCUAGAUUAAUUAAUAGAUUUACUUAAAAUCUAUUUAUGAUCUUUAUGUGAAAAAAUGGGUUUUAUAAAUUCAGAUAUCGAGAUGUUAAAUUUUAUAUAUAUUAAAAAUUAUAUUCAUAUAAAUUUCAAUUAUUAGUACUCAUUACUUAUAUCAAUAAAGGUGAAAGAUUACAGUAAUUAUUUGAGGACUUUGAACUGCAUGUAAAUUUUUAAAUUUUCAGGUUUAUAUUUAAUGGCAUGUAUUAAACUAUAUUGUUUAGUUUAAAUAAUAAUAUUUAAAAUUAUGAAUUACUGUGUACGUUUUCAAAACAUGUAUGUUCAUGUACAAUGUGCAUAAGGAAUUGUAAAAUCUAAUAAUGCUUUAAAUGUAAAAUAUAAUGUGCAUUUGUAAAUUUUAGCUGAUUUUUUUUUUUUUUAAUGUUUUUUUUUUUGGGGGGGGGUUGUUAUAUAUUUCCCUCUGUAAAUUGAUUUAACUAAAUCAGUUUAUCUAUUGUUAAUUUAUUUUAAAUUUCCUGUAGUUCAAGAUGACAUUUCAUCCCUAAUGUUGAUUGUAAAUAUUGUGUAUAUAUCAUAAGAAAUAAAACUUUUUAUAUUUAUUGUGAUUAAGCUGUUGCUGUAAUUUAUCUGUAUGCAUUAUCAAACAUUAUAAAUAAAAAUGUUUUAACUUUU